AUGGUGAAAACUACUGCUGACAUUUUGGUAGCGAGCAGAAAGUCAGCACUGACCAGUUCAGCCUUGCAGGGAUUAUUUGGCCUGACAGAUACACGUGAGAAGAAAGACAGAGGGGCUGGUGAAGGUGAUACAAAGACAAACGGCAGCUGGACAACUUCUCUGCAAGCAGUGAACCAGGAGACACGAAAAGCAGAAACACCAGCUUCCUACAGGCCUCCCUUACAUGGACUUCAGAAGGAAAUGACCAGUCUGGGUUCUACUGCAGUAGAUCUUGCUGCUAAUGCUGAAGAAAGCCUUUAUGCUGGCAAAAGUAAUGCACUGUCUGGGUUUAAAACAACUCUUCCUACUGUUGGAGACGCUCACACAUCUGGAAACCUUUCAGACCACCAGAAAGAUGCUCAAGAUGUCAGCUUCAAGGCAGUGCGAAACAUCUUUCAGGACAGAAAGCACCAGAUUUUUCUGAUGGUGCUGGGUGCUGUUGUGCUCUGGGAGCUGUUGGCUGCUUCUUUCGAAUGGGCAGUGGAUGAGGGUCUCUAUGAAUAUCUCGACUUCGUCGACGCGACUGACAGGUACGGCAGGCUGUGGAUUUGGAGUUACCUGGGGGCCUCUGUAGGUGCCUGCAGCAUUGCCAUACUCGUGGAUCAUCUGAAUUGCUUCCUCAGCAGGAGAGUUUCCCGCCUCGCUGUCCAUUUCUAUGGCUACGCUCUCCUGGUGACGCUCUCAUUGCUUGUCAGUGUCUUUUUUCCCAUCCACGUUCCCAAGAAAACCAGCCGUGUGAGCAGAAGCGCCAAAGCCCUGGCCCUGCUGUGGAGUGACGGCCGAGCAGUCCUGUGUGCCAUCACCAUCUUCCUCGCUGCCACGGCUGGGUCUGCAGUGCAGAAUUUUCUCUUCUGGCAGAUGCAGGACCGAGGCAGCAGCGAGCUGUACAUGGGGCUCUCUGUGGCCAUUGGGCUACUUGCUGAAAUUUCGCUUUAUUUCUUCAAAGGAAAGUUGCUGAGGAGUUUCUCAAGCAGCAGGAUUGUUGCAGCCAGUCUGAGCCUCCUGACCGUGCAGCUGCUGUGCUAUUCCUUCUUGUGGACGGCGUGGUCAGUUCUCUUUGUCCAGCUUUUAUCUGCCUUCAGCAGCGGAGCUCUGUGGUGGGUGGUUAACGUGACAGUGGAUGACGUAGCCACGCCAGGCAUGGAGAGGUCCCUGCACGCUGUUCUCCAGGGCCUCUGCCACGGUGGAGGAGCGAGCUUGGGCAGCUUUGCAGGAGGAUUUAUCGUGGAGUACUUUGGCCUGGCGGUUCUGUACAGGGCGUGCUGCGUCUGCCUGGUGCUGUGGCUCUUCUUGUUCUUAAUUGUUCAAUCUAAAUUGCCACGCCAGAAAAAAAUCAAUUAUUCUCAUCUCCUGGCUGCUGAUUCCAGUGAUCUGAGUGAGUCUGACGAGGAGAAUGAGAGGGACUGGCUGGUGAAAGCUAUGAAGGAUGAAAGCUUUAAUAGGAAUUGGUCACAACAGCAUAGGAUCAACUAA